GAUGCCUGUAUUUUUGUUUUGGUUUUUUUUUUUUUUCUAUUUCUUAACCAUGGCUGCAUUUCUAAAACCCCCUGAAGAUGUCUUCUUUCAGCUGCAGUAAUAGAUACUAUACUUUUAAAACAAUAUCCUUUCAAGCUUUUUGUUUCUCUUUCACAGACUGGAUAUUAUAAAUAGCUAUUCCAUCUGCAGUCAAAUAAAAGGGCUGAGUAGAGGAGCUCCAUACAAGAAUUUUAAGUAAAUUCAGGAGAGGUUGCUGCUAAGAUGCUUUUUCUACAUGUAUUCAGCAUUAGCACACUAUUGCUUUACUAUGCUGUCAGAGCUCAAUACAACUGUUCAUCAGACUACAGCCGGCUCCCAGUGGAUAAUGACUUGACUGUUGAUUGUGGCCCCCAGUACAUCAAGCUGACGGUCAACCUCUGCACAGCCCAGUAUGCUGGCUUUGACCCUAAUAUGCUUGCUAUGAAUGGUCUGCACAAUGUUACUCUCUGCCAAGGAACAAUAGACACUAGUGUCAGUCCACCUGUCAUCAGAUACACCUUCCCUGUUAAUGAUACCAUUGAAAACAUCUGUAACAACCAAGUCACGGUUCAAAGUGAUGGACCUGGUACUGGAAUUUUUAGUUUUGUUUCUGAUACAGAGUCCGUUGUCAUUAACGGAUACAUCGAUACUCCCAAAUCCUCAGUUGGGGUGGUCAGCUACUCUUCAGACCUCUACUACAUGUUCACCUGCCGCUACCCCCUGGAGUAUCUGAUGAACAACACACAACUUCUAGUGUCAUCUGUGGCAUUGGCUGUGAAUACCAACAAUGGAACAUUCAUCAGCACCCUACAGAUGGGACUGUUCAGUGAUACAAAUUUCACCACUCCUCUAAUUGUUCAGCAAAGUGGAAUCCCACUUCAAACGAAGGUCUAUGUUCAAGUUAGUGCCACGAACCUGACAGGAAGCUUCAAUGUCCUUCUUGAUUACUGUUUUGCAACACCUUCACCUUUUGAAGAGACUGGCGUUAGCCGAUACGAUUUCUUUAUUGGUGCAUGUAACAAAAAUAACAGGACAAAUAUCCUACAGAAUGGAAGGAGUAAGAUGGCUCAGUUCAGCUUUGAUGCUUUCCGAUUUGUGCAGCACAGAGAUCGCAGGAUAUCCACCAUCUACGUGCACUGCAUGACUCGACUGUGUGAACCCCAAAAAUGUAACAUGCUCUUAUCGGGAUGCUCCAGAAGAAAGCGAGCUGUCUCAGCUGUGGAACAGACCCCAGGCUAUUCAUCAACAGAUCAAGUCACUGUCUCAGCAGGACCCAUCUUCACAAAUGAUGAAGGUAGGGUUGACCAUUUCCACAGGGCACCUAGUGAAGUAUAUGCCAAGCUGAAAGCUCUUUGGAAUUGA